GGCUGUAUGAAUUGACGGCUGAAUGUAUCCUAACCUGCCAUAUGGUAGCGGAGAAAUGGGAAAUGAGGCAAUCGUGGCGACAUCCUUCGCCAAAGAAUGGCGACACUUUUAGCUCAUACGUACGCAAAGGCGCCAACCAAGUGCUCUUGGUGUUCGUUCAAGCAGCAGAGGAUCAGGCGCCCGCUCGCCCCCAUUACCACGCCAGUAACGUUAUUUAGUCGCCAUUUUCUUCUACCCAUCUUCCAAACUUGUCUCCUUGGGCCCCGACGAGCGUCGCUUCCGUGCUCUUACAACCUCCUCUCUGUUUCUAUCGCGAACCCUAUAAAUACGCCGCCGAAGUCCCGCGUAUACACUAUUUCCUCGUGUAGCAAAAUGGGUUCUCUCUCGUUCCUGGAGUCUCCCCUUCAAUACCCACAUGCUCGGCGAGACGACUCCGUCGUGGACGAUUACCACGGCGUUUUGGUUUCUGAUCCAUAUCGCUGGCUGGAAGAUCCUGAUGCAGAGGAGGUCAAAGAAUUCGUUGAUAAGCAGGUAACUUUGACUGAGUCUAUGCUGAAAACUUGCGAGACGAGGGAGAAACUCCGGGAACGUAUUACGACUCUUUUCGACCACCCUCGAUUCGUUACUCCGUUCAAGCAGGGGAACAAGUACUUCUACUUUCACAACUCCGGCCUCCAGGCCCAAAAUGUGCUAUACGUUCAGGAUGAUUUAGAAGCUGAGCCUGAAGUUCUGCUUGACCCAAAUCUUCUCAGCGAAGAUGGAACAGUUGCACUGAGCAUGUCCUCAAUCAGUGAGGAUGCAAAGUUUCUUGCUUAUGGGCUUAGUUCAAGCGGCAGCGACUGGGUGACCAUUAAAGUGAUGCGAAUUGAAGACAAGUGUGUACUGCCUGAUUCUCUGUCUUGGGUUAAGUUUUCUUCAAUCAGUUGGACACAUGAUGGCAAAGGCUUCUUUUAUGGUCGUUAUCCAGCACCCAUGGAAGAGAAAGAGAUAGAUGCUGGAACUGAGACAAAUAUAAACCUUAAUCAUGGGCUCUAUUACCACUUUCUGGGCACUGAUCAAUCUGAAGAUAUUUUGUGCUGGAAGGAUCCUGAGAACCCUAGAUAUUUGUUUGGGUCACAAGUAACUGAGGAUGGAAAGUAUCUUCUCCUGUACAUUGAGGAAGGAUGUGACCCGGUCAACAAGCUUUAUUAUUAUGACUUGUCUUCCCUUCCCCAUGGGUUAGCUGGGUUGCAAGGAGGGAAGCAUAUGAUUCCAUUUAUGAAGCUUGUUGACAAUUUUGAAGCCCGUUAUGAAGCUGUGGCAAAUGAUGAUACCCUUUUUAUCUUUCGGACCAACAAAGGGGCUCCAAAGUACAAGCUGGUCCAGGUUGACCUCAAGGAUCCUAGUUCGUGGGCUGAUCUAGUGGAAGAAUCUGAAAAAGAUGUUCUGGAAUCCGCUUUAGCUGUCAACAAAAGCCAACUUUUGGUGACUUACCUGAGUGAUGUGAAGUAUGUGCUACAGUUAAGGGAAUUGAAAACAGGAAAGCUGCUUCAUAAUUUGCCAAUAGACAUAGGAACAGUUUAUGGCAUUUCUGGAAGGCGUGAAGACAGUGAAGUCUUUAUUGGGUUUACAAGCUUCCUUACACCAGGAAUUAUUUACCGAUGUCAAUUAAAAGAUUGUGAUGUCCCUGAGAUGAAGAUAUUCAGAGAGAUAGUUGUUCCUGGCUUUGAUCGCACAGAAUUCCAGGUUAACCAGGAUUUUUACUCAAGUAAGGAUGGGACAAAGAUACCUAUAUUUAUUGUUGCAAGAAAAGAUAUUGAAAUGAAUGGAUCUCAUCCGCUAUUGCUGUAUGGUUAUGGUGGCUUCAACAUUAGCAUCACACCUUCAUUUAAUGUCAGCAGAAUUGUUCUCACACGAAAUCUUGGGGUUGUCUACUGCAUAGCAAACAUACGUGGUGGAGGAGAGUAUGGAGAAGAAUGGCAUAAGUCUGGCUCCCUUGGAAACAAGCAAAAUUGCUUUGAUGACUUCAUUUCUGCAGCUGAAUUCCUCAUAUCUGCUGGUUAUACACAACCAAAUCGUUUGUGUAUUGAAGGUGGAAGUAAUGGUGGGCUUCUAGUUGCUGCAUGUAUAAAUCAGAGACCUGAUCUUUUUGGAUGUGCUUUGGCUCAUGUUGGUGUAAUGGACAUGCUACGUUUUCACAAGUUUACUAUUGGGCAUGCUUGGACUAGUGAUUAUGGUUGUUCAGAUAAGGAGGAAGAAUUCCAUUGGCUAAUUAAGUACUCACCGGUUCAUAAUGUUAAGCGACCAUGGGAGCAAUCGCAGGAUCAGCAAUCUCAGUACCCACCUACCAUGUUGUUAACUGCUGACCAUGAUGAUAGGGUUGUGCCAUUGCAUUCUUUGAAAUUGCUCGCUACUAUGCAAUAUGUUCUUUGCACGAGCUUGGGGAAGAGCCCACAGACCAACCCCAUUAUUGGUCGGAUUGAUCGUAAAGCUGGACAUGGAGCCGGUCGUCCGACAAAGAAACUGAUAGAUGAAGCUGCUGAUAGAUACAGUUUCAUGGCUAAAAUGUUGGGAGCAUCUUGGACCGAAUGAUUCAGAAGUCCCAAGAAUGCUGCGCUCCGCAGACCCAGCUGGCAUGCACUGUUAGAAGUUGAAACAGCUGUGCCAGAACCUAGAGCUAGAUUUUCCUUUCCUCCUUUUAGCGGGAAAGGAUCCUAGAAAAGUGUCCUCUUUAUAAUAAUCUAAUCAUUUUUGUGAAGGGAAGUUUUGUAAUCCCUUGCUUUAUUGAGACAAUAGCAUAUGAUUGAUGUGUGAUGUUCCAGCGAUGGGGAAAAAAAAAUCAAUAAAAAUUUGAUGCCAAGAAUGAGAUUUACUCUUUAUAAUUUACAAUUCUUUACCUUCCUUGGCGAAGACAUCA